GGCUCUGGCUACAUUCCUGCUCCUGCGGGCAGCAGCCCCGCUGCCGGCGGCUCCGCGGGGGUCAUUGAAGAGCAUCCUCCGAGGCGCUGGGUCCACCGGGCUCCCGGCUCUCGGCCCUUGGCAGAGCAGCUGCAAGACGAGGAAACAACUCAACAUUCUGCCCUUUGAAGGAUUUUUCUUUCCUUUUUGUUGGCAAAGAUGAGGAAAAAAUGGAGAUUGGAGGACUUUCGAUUUAUCUUUUCCUGUGUGCUCUGGCUCCUUUUCAUAGAUGGAGGUAAAUCGGAACAAAUAAAACAUUCAGAGACAUACUGUGUGUUUCAAGAUAAGAAGUACCGUGUAGGAGAAAGAUGGCAUCCCUACCUAGAACCCUAUGGACUCGUUUAUUGUGUUAACUGUCUUUGCUCAGAGAAUGGGAACGUAUUAUGCAGCAGAAUAAGAUGUCCAAGCCUACACUGCCCUACCCCAGUGCAUGUGCCACAGCUGUGCUGCCCACGAUGCCCAGAGGAUUCGCUUUUCUCCAUAAGCAGUAAAAUCACUGGGAAAUCCUGUGAAUACAAUGGCACCACCUACCACCACGGGGAAAUGUUUGUGGCCGAAGGACUUUUUCAGAAUAGACAACCCAACCAGUGUGCUCAGUGCAGCUGCUCAGAAGGGAACGUGUAUUGUGGCCUGAAGACUUGCCCUAAAUUAACAUGCUCUUUCCCAGUUUCUGUUCCGGAGUCCUGCUGCCCAGUUUGCAGAGGAGAUGGAGAAUUAUCAUGGGAACAUUCUGAUGGGGAUAUCUUCCGGCAACCUGCCAACAGAGAAGCCAGGCAUUCAUACCAUCGCUCCCAUUACGACCUGUCCCCCAGCUCCCCUAGACAGGUGGUCAACAUUCCACGAUUUUCCAGUGGCAGGAGUAACCGUGGAGUCCUACCUGACCCCCAGCAAGCUUCAGGAACUAUAGUACAGAUUGUCAUUAACAACAAGCAUAAGCACGGACGAGUCUGUGUUUCAAAUGGAAAAACAUACUCACAUGGUGAAUCGUGGCAUCCUAAUCUCCGGGCCUUCGGAAUCGUAGAGUGUGUGUUGUGUACCUGCAACAUCACCAAACAAGAAUGUAAGAAAAUUCAUUGUCCGGAUCAAUAUCCCUGCAAAUACCCUCAGAAAAUAGAAGGAAAAUGCUGUAAAGUCUGUCCAGAAGAGAUGCCAAGUCAGAGCUUUGACAGCAAAGAUUACUUUUGUGGUGAAGAGAUGCUUCCUGUCUAUGAAUCUGUUUUCAUGGAGGAAGGAGAAACCAUUAGAAAAAUCGCAGUGGAAACAGAAAAGCCACCUCAAAUAGAAAUACACGUGUGGACGAUUAGGAAAGGGAUUCUGCGUCACUUCCACACUGAGACGAUAUCCAAAAGCGAAUUUGAAGAACUUCCCUACUUCAAGCAGAUAACAAGGACAACACUGAGCCAGUGGAAAAUAUUUAGCGAGGGAGAAGCUCAGAUCAGCCAAAUGUGUGAAAGCAGAGUGUGCAGGACUGAGCUGGAGGAUUUGGUAAAGGUUUUGUACCUUGAAAAGUCUGAAAAGGGUCACUGUUAAGGGAGACAGCGCUGGAGAGAGAAAACAAGAAAACUUAUGAAAACGUGGAUCUGCAGCUGGACUGCAGGCUUGUUUUGCUUAAGUCAACAGUUGCCCUAAAAACCAAAACUAUAAUGCAGUAAUUAUUCACAUCAUGCACAGCAAACUUGCUGCUUUAUGUGUAGUGGUCUGUGUCAACAAUUUAAAUAUCUCCCCAAAAAGACUAGGAGGGUCUGUAUUGGUGGGGGGGAGGGGAAAAAGGAGACUGUAGUUCCUUGUAAAGUUGCAAAGUUAAAAAAGAAAACAAUUUUUUUUUAAACUGGGCAUGUUAUGUAAACUAAUGAAAUGAAGGACACCUAAUAACUGUGCAGGAGCUAUGGAGAGCAUUAUUUCCUGUACUGAAUUUAUACCACUUCUGGUGUUGAAAUGACUCAUGUUUUUCUAAGGGUAGGGGGGGGAAUACAAGCGAUACAGUACUUGAGUUUGAGCCAUAAAAAUCCAGAUUUAAAUGAAAACUCCCAACGAGUCUACUGCUUUUGGGACGAUGUCUUGCAGUUGAACAAACUUUGAGUACAUAAACAAACCAGAAGGUGCUAGUGGGAAUUACUGCAUUUAUGUAGCAAUUUGAGAAAACGUUCAACUUUUAAGUGGUUUUCACUUGGUUUCCAUUAUCCACUUCUCUACCUGAAAUAUCAGCUCCCUCAUGCUGCCCCAAUACUGCAUUCUCGUGGGCCCUGUUAACACAUAGCCUCGGUCAAUAAACUCCCUUUGCAAAGUAACAUAGCAGGAGAAUGCUAAAUACUUGAAUCAUUUAUGAAAAUUCCUAUAGGGUUAAACCCACAGUGAUUAAUAACUCAUUAAAUGUCUUGUGAUAUCACUUAAUUUAUUAAUGGUAAUUGUCGCAAUAAGAGUGUUCUGCGUGGUUCUAAUUGGUGGCCUCUCAAGUCCCAGCAAACUAAUAAGCAUAACUUCAAGGAAAACUCUCUCCAAUGGCAAACUAAUGAGCACUAUCAAGCCACUAAGUUAAUGGUCUUGCUGGUGCUGCACUAUCUUCCUGCAAAAAGAAAUCUAAG